AUGCUCUCCGGCCGUCUGGGCCGCAUAUCCCCCCGUCGACGCCUAGCACUUCGCGUCGCGUUCGUUUGCGCCGCACUUGCCCUCCUACAAUGGGCUCCGGUCAACCUGUACAUAUUCGGCGGACCGCUCGCGCCACCUGGAAUGCGCCAAUUCGGAUGGGCCGGUCCCCUUCCCGGCGCGCACCUAAAGCAAAUCAACGUCAUCCUCGUGCACGUCGGUCACUACCCUCCGCCUCCAUACCUAGCAUCAGCUAUCGCUCAGGUUCGGGCUACCAACCCCUUAUCUGACAAUGUUCAUAUAUGGGUCAUCAUGGACUACAAUUCGACGAUAUUUUCGUCCCUCCCCCUCCCCCUCGCGACGUCCACCGGUAUCGUCGACCCGUACAUCCACUUUGUGGCUCCUUCGUCGCUUGUCGCAGAUGUCGGGAAGGGCCACUAUAAGGAUCAGGGAUUCUGGCGUAUGACGACCGAACGGCUGUUCUAUGUGGCUAGUCUGGCGACGCGGGAGGAUCUGCGCAAUAUCAUCCUGCUCGAGUCGGAUAAUCUGCUGUAUGCGCACCUGAGGGAGCUGCUCCCGCAAUUUCAGGCGUUGUAUCCGGGGACGGGCGCUACUCGAGACUCUCCAGAGAGGGGCAUAGCGGGUCUCAUGUGGUUUGCGAAUCCCUCUUCCCUGGCCCACUUUGGCAGCUUUGUCCGUAAAGAGGCAAGGGCGAGCGUUAACGAGACAAACGAUAUGAUCCUCCUCAAUCGGUACUUUGAGGUCUACGGCUCUGACCCCUCCAUCCUCUCAAACCUCCCCGUCCUUCCAGAAUACCACGCCCUAUCGGCCGGAUCACACAUGCGCGCCCGGGAGGGAACGACAGCGGUCACCACCGUCGAAGGGGUGAUGGCGUACGCUCGCAACAACCGCGCAUUCGGCACGUCUCGAACUCACGGGGUCGUCGGCGGUAUCUUUGACGCAGCGGCGGUCGGCCAGUACCUCUUCGGCACCGACAACCCGCGGGGCAAGUGGACUGCGGGCUUUAUCAACGAGGCAGCAGUCUACCAACUCGGCAGGUGGACCUACGUCUGGCGGGUGGAGGUCUACGCCAAUGUCUCUGGCUACUGCCCCUACCUCGUCGAGAAUCCCGAUGCGCCCGAGUCGGACUGGCGGCUGCACAAGAUCAACAAUCUGCAUACGCACCACAAGAAUCUCGCGUACCAGCGAGCGCAGCCAGAUGGGCCAGUCAUCCGUUCGGGCGCGCUCGUACAUGAGAGGGAGCCGCGCUUGGAGACGGAAGCGGAGGCGGGAAUGUGGGCGGAUCGGUGGAAUGUGCAGACGACGGAGUUUCGGUCGGCUAUGGAACAGGCCGCCGCUCUGCCCGCCGACCCUCACUCUCGCCCCUCCUCUUACCCUCUGAUCUCGAAUGACGGGUUCCGCCUCAUCGCAGACUUUGGAUCGUUCGACGAGACGGCCGACUACUGGACUUCUUUCGAUACCAGCCGCCUCUCACCCGGAAGUAUCGUCAUGAUAUCGUCCGACUUUCUCCCCAUCUUCUUCGCCCUCCGCCCUCGACCUACCGUCCCCUACAUCCUCAUCUCUGGCAACUCUGACCGCGGUCCAGCACCUGAUAUGAUCCGUCAUCUAAAGGACAAACACCUGCACGCUUGGUACGCCCAGAACCCUUCAUUCGUCCAUCCUCGACACCACCCCAUCCCGAUCGGCUUCAGGAACGCCGAGCGGCUCUUCAAGCUCGCCCAGGCAGUACAUGGCCCGCUAUCCCCCUCUGACCAGUCGGACGGCGUUUCUCCCUCCACACGGGCAGACGAAGUGAAGCGUCGCGAUAUACUGCUGUACGUGAAGCUCGGCGAGACCUAUCCCGACCGCGCGAGGUGGUUAUCAGCCAUCAAGAGCUGGGGCGUACCAGUCAAAGACGUCUUGAUCAUCACGUCCCGAAUCUCAUUCGGCGAGUACGCCUCUCAUCUCGGUCGGAGCCGCUUCGUCCUCACUCCGCCAGAGACCGGGCUUGACUCACAUGCGACAUGGGAGGCGUUGUUGUUCGGUGCGAUUCCUAUCGUCCAGUCUGUCCCGGCGCUGAACAAGCUGUAUAAUCAUCACCCGGUGCUGGUUGUGCGGGAUCCGGAGGAGGUCACGAGGGAGAUGUUGGAGGGAUGGCAGCCGGAAUCUUGGGGACGGAAGAGUGUGUGGUGUAAUGAGUGGUAUGCGAGGAUAGCGGAGGAUCGGCGAGUGUGUAUGGACAUGAUCUCCGUCGCCACUGCUGCCGGUACUAUAUGCUCCCAGCAACGCACAGUCACCGAAUACUCAGGUGUCGUCCCAGCGGCCUGGUCCCUCUCCACGGUCAGUGCGCAUCUAGCCGAGGGAGCGGGGAAGAAGGGUAUGGCCGGACUCGGGAACUGA